AUGAUAACAGAAACCAAAUUCUCCUAAACACUUUUUCCUGAACUAAAAAAAAGCUCUCACCUUUACACCUACCCAUCACAAUUCUGACCCAUCGUCACUCAACAAAAGUCGAAUGCUUCACGUUACCGGCACGGCGGCUCCGGCUAUGCCGAUGAAGGCGUCUUACCACAAUCUACCUCUUUUUCCGGCGUUGUUCCCUUAUCCACGGAGGCGACAGCUUAAUCUGCCUCUCCGGAGCGCAAAACCCAUCAAGAGUCUCGCAUUUCUCGAUCUCAAAGGAGGCAAAGGAAUGAGUGGGUUUCAUGAGGUUGAGCUCAAAGUUCGAGAUUAUGAAUUGGAUCAAUUUGGUGUUGUGAACAAUGCUGUUUACGCAAACUACUGCCAACACGGUAGACACGAGUUUCUGGAGAGUAUCGGUAUCAACUGUGAUGAAGUAGCCCGUUCUGGUGAAGCCUUGGCGAUUUCUGAGCUAACAAUGAAGUUCCUCGCUCCUUUACGUAGCGGAGACAAGUUUGUGGUGAAGGCGAGGAUAUCAGGGACAUCUGCUGCGCGUAUUUACUUUGAUCAUUUCAUCUUUAAACUUCCAAAUCAAGAGCAGCCUGUUUUGGAAGCAAAAGGAAUAGCUGUGUGGCUUGACAACAAGUAUCGUCCUGUUCGCAUCCCAUCUCACAUACGCUCUAAAUUUGUUCAGUUCCAACGCCAAGACGACACCGUUUGAAUCUUGCCCCAUAUUCUCAUGAUUUUACUGUAUUUAAUGAGCCUCAUAAGCCCAGUUAAUGGGCCUGUUAUAUGUCUCUAUAUAUAUAUAUGAAAAGAAAAUAUAACUAUAUUUUGGAUGUA